AAUUCCUGGGCUCCUCCGGCAGUCUCAGGCUCAGCGCUCAGCCCUACACAUCGCCUCUUGCAUGCAACUCGCUGGGAGAGAGAGGUAACCUGUCCUCCCCUCUCUCAGCCUCGGCAUCUCCAGCCACCAAGGACCUGCGCUUCGCACCUCCAACAACCCCUCCCUUCUUCCCUGCCACUCCCUCCCAGAGAGAGAGGAAAAGGAGAGAGAAAGAUUCUGGAAUUUGAACCUCCCCAAAGAGGAAACAAACCCGGCAAACUCAGUUGAUUAAACAUCAAACAGACAUACAGACAGAUCCCAAAUCUUCUGUUCAACUGGAAAGGUCUUUUCUCUGGAGUCCUGGGAGGCAAGUUAUGGGCAGCACUGCCUCUGGCCGCACCAUGAAGCCUGAGUCUGCUUGCGCUCUGCCCUGGGCCCUGCUCUGUCUGAGCAUUGGGCUUCUAGCUGCCCCCCUCCCCACAGCCUGCUGCUGCUAGGAGGUAGAACUUUAGGACUGGUCCUUGGCCUGUUUCUACCUGUCACCUGGCUCACCUCACCACUCACUCCUCCUCCAUCACAGCAGUCCGGCCCUGUCCCUGGCCUCCCUGGCUAGUGCAUUUGGGGGUCCGUUGGGAGGAGUGCAUCGCUAAAGACUUCUUCCUACUCUCCUGCACCUUCUCCUCCUUGAGUCAAGGCCUCCGGAUCCACAUGGAUAGCUGAGAUCUUUUCUUGGAGAAAGACGCUUUCCUCUUUACUCCAGUCCCUCACUUUCCCACCUGAUUUUCCUCCUCUUCUGCUGGUCCUAUCUUUUUCUACUGCCUUUAUUCAGUUUCUUGCUUGUGUGCCCCUCUGGGACUGUCUUGUACACUUUCCUCCCUCUCCACCAUCUCAGGAUCUGUGUGUGUGCUGCCUUCGUCCUGUGUGCUUUCUGUCCCCCCAUCUCCGUCUUGUCUUCCUCUCCCACUUCUAUUGCCAAAGGGAGAGAUCCUCUCUGGGCUGUUCCCUGGCCUGUCUGCUCCUCUGGGCUCUGUCCAGCAGCCACAAUGAGUUCCACACUCCACUCAGUUUUCUUCACUCUGAAGGUCAGCAUCCUGCUGGGGUCUCUGCUGGGGCUCUGCCUGGGCCUUGAGUUCAUGGGCCUCCCCAACCAGUGGGCCCGCUACCUCCGCUGGGAUGCCAGCACGCGCAGCGACCUGAGUUUCCAGUUCAAGACCAACGUCUCCACGGGUCUGCUCCUCUACCUGGAUGAUGGCGGCGUCUGCGACUUCCUAUGCCUCUCCCUGGUGGAUGGCCGCGUUCAGCUCCGCUUCAGCAUGGACUGUGCUGAGACUGCUGUGCUGUCCAACAAGCAGGUGAAUGACAGCAGCUGGCACUUCCUGAUGGUGAGCCGCGACCGCCUGCGCACGGUGCUGAUGCUUGACGGCGAGGGCCAGUCUGGGGAGCUGCAGCCCCAGCGGCCCUACAUGGAUGUGGUCAGUGACUUGUUCCUUGGUGGAGUCCCUGCUGACAUACGACCUUCUGCCCUGACCCUUGAUGGAGUACAGGCCAUGCCCGGCUUCAAGGGAUUAAUUCUGGAUCUCAAGUAUGGAAACUCGGAGCCUCGGCUUCUAGGGAGCCAGGGUGUCCAGUUGGAUGCCGAGGGACCCUGUGGUGAGCGUCCCUGUGAAAAUGGUGGGAUCUGCUUUCUCUUGGACGGCCACCCCACCUGUGACUGUUCUACCACUGGCUAUGGUGGCAAGCUCUGCUCAGAAGAUGUCAGUCAAGGUCCAGGCCUCUCCCACCUCAUGAUGAGUGAACAAGCUCGAGAGGAGAAUGUGGCCACUUUCCGAGGCUCAGAGUAUCUGUGCUACGACCUGUCUCAGAACCCGAUCCAGAGCAGCAGUGAUGAAAUCACCCUCUCCUUUAAGACCUGGCAGCGUAACGGCCUCAUCCUGCACACGGGCAAGUCGGCUGACUAUGUCAACCUGGCUCUGAAGGAUGGUGCGGUCUCCUUGGUCAUUAACCUGGGGUCCGGGGCCUUUGAGGCCAUUGUGGAGCCAGUGAAUGGAAAAUUCAAUGACAACGCCUGGCAUGAUGUCAAAGUGACACGCAACCUCCGGCAGGUGACAAUCUCUGUGGAUGGCAUUCUUACCACGACGGGCUACACUCAAGAGGACUAUACCAUGCUGGGCUCGGACGACUUCUUCUACGUGGGAGGAAGCCCAAGUACCGCUGACUUGCCUGGCUCCCCUGUCAGCAACAACUUCAUGGGCUGCCUUAAAGAGGUUGUUUAUAAGAAUAAUGACAUCCGUCUGGAGCUGUCUCGCCUGGCCCGAAUUGGGGAUACCAAGAUGAAAAUCUAUGGCGAAGUUGUGUUUAAGUGUGAGAAUGUGGCCACACUGGACCCCAUCAACUUCGAGACCCCAGAGGCUUACAUCAGCUUGCCCAAGUGGAACACUAAGCGUAUGGGCUCCAUCUCCUUUGACUUCCGUACCACUGAGCCCAAUGGCCUAAUCCUCUUCACUCAUGGAAAGCCCCAAGAGAGGAAGGAUGCUCGGAGCCAAAAGAACACAAAAGUAGACUUCUUUGCCGUGGAACUCCUCGAUGGCAACCUGUACUUGCUGCUUGACAUGGGCUCUGGCACCAUCAAAGUGAAAGCCACUCAGAAGAAAGCCAAUGAUGGGGAAUGGUACCAUGUGGACAUUCAGCGAGAUGGCAGAUCAGGUACUAUAUCAGUGAACAGCAGACGCACGCCAUUCACCGCCAGUGGGGAGAGCGAGAUCCUGGACCUGGAAGGAGACAUGUACCUGGGAGGGCUGCCAGAGAACCGUGCUGGCCUUAUUCUCCCCACCGAGCUGUGGACUGCCAUGCUCAACUAUGGCUACGUGGGCUGCAUUCGCGACCUGUUCAUUGAUGGGCGCAGCAAGAACAUUCGACAGCUGGCAGAGAUGCAGAACGCUGCGGGUGUCAAGUCCUCCUGUUCACGGAUGAGCGCCAAGCAGUGUGACAGCUACCCCUGCAAGAACAAUGCUGUGUGCAAGGACGGCUGGAACCGCUUCAUCUGUGACUGCACCGGCACCGGAUACUGGGGAAGAACCUGCGAAAGGGAGGCAUCCAUCCUGAGUUAUGAUGGUAGCAUGUACAUGAAGAUCAUCAUGCCCAUGGUCAUGCAUACUGAGGCAGAGGAUGUGUCCUUCCGCUUCAUGUCCCAGCGAGCUUAUGGGCUGCUGGUGGCUACGACCUCCAGGGACUCUGCCGACACCCUGCGUCUGGAGCUGGAUGGGGGGCGUGUCAAGCUCAUGGUUAACUUAGACUGUAUCAGGAUAAACUGUAACUCCAGCAAAGGACCAGAGACCCUGUAUGCAGGGCAGAAGCUCAAUGACAAUGAGUGGCACACCGUUCGGGUGGUGCGGAGAGGAAAAAGCCUUAAGUUAACCGUGGAUGAUGAUGUGGCUGAGGGUACAAUGGUGGGAGACCAUACCCGUUUGGAGUUCCACAACAUUGAAACAGGAAUCAUGACUGAGAAACGUUACAUCUCCGUUGUCCCCUCCAGCUUCAUUGGCCAUCUGCAGAGCCUCAUGUUUAAUGGCCUUCUCUACAUUGACUUGUGCAAAAAUGGUGACAUUGAUUAUUGUGAACUGAAGGCUCGUUUUGGACUGAGGAACAUCAUCGCCGACCCUGUCACCUUUAAGACCAAGAGCAGCUACCUGAGCCUUGCCACCCUUCAGGCUUAUACCUCCAUGCACCUCUUCUUCCAGUUCAAGACCACCUCACCAGAUGGCUUCAUUCUCUUCAAUAGUGGUGAUGGCAAUGACUUCAUUGCAGUUGAGCUUGUAAAGGGGUACAUACACUACGUUUUUGACCUCGGAAACGGUCCCAAUGUGAUCAAAGGCAACAGUGAUCGCCCCCUGAAUGACAACCAGUGGCACAAUGUCGUCAUCACUCGGGACAAUAGUAACACUCAUAGCCUGAAAGUGGACACCAAAGUGGUCACUCAGGUUAUCAAUGGUGCCAAAAACCUGGAUUUGAAAGGUGAUCUCUACAUGGCUGGUCUGGCCCAAGGCAUGUACAGCAACCUCCCAAAGCUUGUGGCCUCUCGAGAUGGGUUUCAGGGCUGUCUGGCAUCAGUGGACUUGAAUGGACGCCUGCCAGACCUCAUCAAUGAUGCCCUUCAUCGGAGCGGACAGAUCGAGCGUGGAUGUGAAGGACCCAGUACCACCUGCCAGGAAGAUUCAUGUGCCAACCAGGGGGUCUGCAUGCAACAAUGGGAGGGUUUCACCUGUGAUUGUUCUAUGACCUCAUAUUCCGGAAACCAGUGCAAUGAUCGUAAGUACAACAGCUUUUCAUACUGGAACUUUGUCAAGGUGUUCGGAGAUUUGGAGAAUCUUAAGGGACAAUGUGAACAGGGGAAAAUUGGAGUUGUCUUCAAUAUUGGCACAGUUGACAUCUCCAUCAAAGAGGAGAGAACCCCUGUAAAUGACGGCAAAUACCAUGUGGUACGCUUCACCAGGAACGGUGGCAACGCCACACUGCAAGUGGACAACUGGCCAGUGAAUGAACAUUAUCCUACAGGCAACACUGAUAAUGAACGCUUCCAAAUGGUAAAACAGAAAAUCCCCUUCAAAUAUAAUCGGCCUGUAGAGGAGUGGCUGCAGGAAAAAGGCCGGCAGUUAACCAUCUUCAACACUCAGGCGCAAAUAGCCAUUGGUGGAAAGGACAAAGGACGCCUCUUCCAAGGCCAACUCUCUGGGCUCUAUUAUGAUGGUUUGAAAGUACUGAACAUGGCAGCUGAGAACAACCCCAAUAUUAAAAUCAAUGGAAGUGUUCGACUGGUUGGAGAAGUCCCAUCAAUUUUGGGAACAACACAGACGACCUCCAUGCCACCAGAAAUGUCUACUACUGUCAUGGAAACCACUACUACAAUGGCGACUACCACAACCCGUAAGAAUCGCUCUACCGCCAGCAUUCAGCCAACAUCAGAUGAUCUUGUUUCAUCUGCUGAAUGUUCAAGUGAUGAUGAAGACUUCGUUGAAUGUGAGCCGAGUACAGAUAAGAGUCUUUCCACUUCAAUCUUCGAAGGUGGCUACAAAGCACAUGCGCCCAAGUGGGAAUCCAAGGACUUUAGACCUAACAAAGUCUCCGAAACUAGUAGGACUACUACCACAUCUUUAUCCCCUGAGCUGAUCCGCUUCACAGCUUCCUCCUCGUCUGGGAUGGUGCCCAAAUUGCCAGCUGGCAAAAUGAAUAACCGUGAUCUCAAACCCCAGCCUGAUAUAGUCUUGCUUCCGUUGCCCACUGCCUAUGAGCUAGACAGCACCAAACUGAAGAGCCCACUAAUUACUUCCCCCAUGUUCCGUAAUGUGCCCACAGCAAACCCCACGGAGCCGGGAAUCAGACGGGUCCCGGGGGCCUCAGAGGUGAUCCGGGAGUCGAGCAGCACAACAGGGAUGGUCGUCGGCAUUGUGGCUGCUGCCGCCCUCUGCAUCUUGAUCCUCCUGUACGCCAUGUACAAGUACAGGAACAGGGACGAGGGGUCCUAUCAAGUGGACGAGACGCGGAACUACAUCAGCAACUCCGCCCAGAGCAACGGCACGCUCAUGAAGGAGAAGCAGCAGAGCUCGAAGAGCGGCCACAAGAAACAGAAAAACAAGGACAGGGAGUACUACGUGUAAACAUGCGAACACUGCUCACACGCGAGUUUCACAGUUAUUUCUAUCCACGCUUAUGAAUCUUUGGAUGGUGAGAUCUCACAGAUGUCAGAACUGCUGGAACUAUGAAAUGGGGUAUAUAACCACGACUCUGGUGGGGAAAACCGUUUUUUAAAGGACACACACACACAGCGAUGCAUCUCUCUCUGAAGCUCAGCCAUGGCUGCAGCAAGGUCCCAGCGGUCGCUGGGAGACAGAAGGUUUUGUGCCCUGCUGUAUCAUAAAGCACACACUUAGCGCUCUGGAGCCGGACGGUGGCUCCACCACUUCCGCAGGCCUGGAAGCUUCCUUCUCCGCAGGACCUUUUCCUAAAAGGUAGAAGACUUCAUGGCUUACUUGUUCCAUAACUCCAAGUGAGUCUGUAAUGAUGUUUGUGAAGCUUGACUGUAACCAUGUUUUUUCGGUUUAAUUAUGUAAAAAACAAAACUACAACAACAACAAAAAAAGAAAAAAGUAAAAAAAAAAAAAAAACAAAAAAAAACCACCAAAAAACAAAAACAAACAAACAAAAAAAACCCACAACCCUUAUCUGGUUCUGACCAGUGUGCGUGUAACUUUAAGGUCUGAGGGGAAAAAUGGCUUUUGGGUUUUUGUUUAUUUUUUUGAUAAUGACUGGACAUCGGAAGAGGAAAAAACUCAAAAGUGAGAGAGACUAUUGCCAUAUAAACUCAAAAGCUACCAUGGUGUUCACUCUACAUAUCAGGUUAUGGUGUCUCUAGAAUCUGUUGUUUGUUUCCUAUAAGAUGCUUUGCUGAACACAUAGCAAAAUUCAUGUGACGGAUGAUAAUAUUGAUUCAAAAAGCUGGUCCCCCAGGAUCUAAUUUCAGAAUUCACCACCCAAACCCCGAACAGAUGGGUUUAGGGCUGGUGUUAUCAGAGCUAUUGGCUUUACUUAACAAUAUUGUUCCUGUCCAUUCACCCAGCCAAAUUGUGUUAAAGAAGAAAGCCCCACAAACUAAAAUAGCCUUUCCUAGGGAAGAGGAAGGGGAGGUGGGCUGGAUCUGUGACUGAUUGAAAUGCAUGCAUGCAAAAAAAAAAAAAGACAGUAUUAAAGUCUGUUAAAUUAUCAAACCAGACAGUAGGGGAGUUCAACUCGAGAUGGAACCACAAAAGGUCACACAAGCCAAACGUCAUGCCAGAGUACAAAACACAUAGUUCUUUCCCCGCCCCGAACAUGACAAUGGUUUUCAUAGUGGUUUAAUUUUGUAGCCUGACAUUUAUGGAUAAUUCUGUCCUUCCAUUUGCUCACUUCUCCCUUCACCCAUCUUUUUUAAAAACAAAUAAAUAAAUGAAUAAAGCUGCUGUGACACACACAAAAAAGGAAUUUAAUAGUAUAAUAUAUAUAUAAAUAAAUAUAUAUACAGAUAUAUUUAUCAUGGUAUGUUUGAUGGGAUGACUGACACAGGAAAUCUGUUAAAGUCUUGAAGUGGAAUGAGAAUGUUGUUUUAAAAGAAAAUAACAAAACAACAAAAAAGCAAACCUUAAAAUGUGAAGAAAGUGUGAAUUUUAGUUUUGUCACAGUUAACUGUGUCAAAGAGAAUUUAAAAAAAAAAACUUCAGAUUUUGUUUACAUAUUUUACUACAUCUUUGCUGGUAUAAUUCCUUAGCCACCUAUGUACAUACUGCUUUAAGAACUGUGGUUUUUUUUCCUGUUUAUUUCUGUUUGGUUUAUAUUCUGGUUGUCUUUUUCUUUUUGUAAAGAGGAAACAAUGUACAGAAAAACAAUAAACUGGUUGUAUGGCCAUAGCUAUCCAAAAAGCAAGAGACAAAGCAAGACAAAUAUUCACACAAAAAUGACGUGUGUCCUCUGGAGGGUUAGAGAUAGACAAUUUCUUUUGUACAGAUGAAAAUCAAUCAGCUGUUUAGAUUUAGAAAUCUACUCUUGCUGGUCUUUGUAAGUUGCAUGAAUAUUUGACUUUGAAAAAAUAUCUUAA